AUGGGGAUUCCUACACCGCCGCUUCCCCAGCGCCGCGGGGCUGCUGUCCCCGUCCGUCAGCCCCCAGGCGUCCCCCGGCCCUACGGCCCGCAUUACGGCCACCCGUCCGGUGACUGCCUGCCGGGGGUCUACGCGCUGGAGAUGCCGCAUCCCUACGGCUCGUGGUAAAAGGGCGGCCUCGGGGGGGGCUGCCGGGGGGGUCGGGGCCGGCGACCCGCUUGGUGGGACGUGCAUCCCCAACGGGGUUGGUUGGGGGGUCCCGGGGGGGCCGAGGGGCUGCAGGGCUCCCUGCAGGCCCAGCCCGCUCUCAGCCCCCCCCUGCCCGCUUACGGCUCCGAACUCGGGCCGCUCAACCCCACCCCGUACGCCCCCGAAAAAGCGAAGCCGGGUGGGGGGGUCGCGGUGGUGGGGGGGGUGGGGGGGGCAAAGCGCUGCGAGGGGGAGCGGGGAGGGGGGGGGUCGCCGGGGGGGCGAGCAUCGUGCGACUGCCCCAACUGCCAGGAGGCCGAGCGGCUGGGGCCGGCGGGGAGUCUGCGGAGCAAGGGGCUGCACAGCUGCCACAUCCCGGGCUGCGGCAAGGUGUACGGCAAGACGUCGCACCUGAAGGCGCAUCUGCGCUGGCACACGGGCGAGCGGCCCUUCGUCUGCAACUGGCUCUUCUGCGGGAAGCGCUUCACCCGCUCCGACGAGCUGGAGCGUCACGUCCGCACCCACACGAGGGAGAAGAAAUUCACCUGCGUGUUGUUGCAGCAAACGCUUCACCCGCCGUCCGACCACCUCAGCAAACACCAGAAGACUCACGCGACCCCGCCACCCCAAAGCUCGCGAGCCGCCCCCAUCGGCCCCCCCGACCCCCCAGAACAACCCGCCCCCUCCCCCGGCUCCGCCGCUUCUCCCCGCCGCCCCAUCGCUCCGUCGCCGCGGGGGGACGCGGGCAGCCCCGAGGGGGGCACUGGCAACCCCCCCCCCCCAAUAAAGAAAUAA